AUGACGGCCGGUCGAGGAUCUGCGAGCAGCAGCGGCAGCAGCGACGAGGAGAGGGAGGAGACAGGUUACGGCGGAGGGUUCCGGGGAAAGUUCUAUUCGCCUCCUAGCGCGCGCGUGGAAACGGGUAGCGCGGGGAAGGACAGGCGGAAAAGCUUGGGGAGCGGCGGAAAGAAGCCGCGGAAAGCGUCGUUCCACAUCAGCCUUAGCAGCAGCGACUCUAGCGGCUCGGACGGGGAGGGGGACGGGGGGAAUGGGGAACGGGUCGGCGGAGAUGGGGGGAAGCGGAGGGGGAGUUUCGGCGGAAGGGGGAGUGCGCUAGAUGCGGAGAGGCCAGUGGCGCGGCCUGUGAGACGGGCGGAGGCGGAACUGGGGGAGGUGGAACGGAAAGUAGCUGCUGAGGUGGAGCUUCUGGAGGAGGCUGAACUGGGGGAGGUGGAACUGGGGGAGGUGGAACUGGGGGAGGUGGAACUGGGGGAGGUGGAACGGAAGGUCGCUGCUGAGGUGGAGGGACGAGGAGGUGAGGCAGAGGCGGGUGCGGCUGGAGGGGAGGCUGAUGGCGGAGCGGGAGAAGGGGCGGGCGGCCGUAGCAGCGGUGGAGGCACAGCCCCCCUUUCCUCCUCCGCUUCUCACGAGUUUGCCUCUCCCCCCCCCUCCCCCCCACAAUCUCCCUCCGAUCCCCCUUCGCACACACACGGUAUUGCAGGAGGAGGUGAGGCAGCGGCGGGUGCGGCUGGAGGGGAGGUUGAUGGCCGAGCGGGAGAAGGGACGGGCAGCUGUAGCAGCGGUGGAGGCACAGCGAGAGGCGGUGCAGGCCACGCUGGCUCGGCUUGA